GGAGGGGUUAGGAAAAGAAAAAAGAAAAGAGUUCCGGUGGGCGAGCGAUACGGGCGAAAGAGUCGGGCGGCCGCGACGAUGGAUUCUUCGAGCGGCGACAGCGGGCGAGGUGGAGGGACGUCGCUGCUGUCGGCGUGGAGCGCCGCCGCCUCCCGGCGGUACCAGCACCUGCUCGACAAGGCCACGCCGCACGUGCUUCGGAGGUGGGCCGGGCUGGCCGUGCUGGCUCUCGUCUACGCCGCUCGCGUCUGGAUUGUCCAGGGUUUCUAUAUCGUCUCGUACGCCCUCGGCAUCUACGUCCUCAACCUCUUCAUCGCCUUCCUCUCCCCACAGGUCGAUCCCGAGAUCCAGGACCUCGUCGCCGGCCCCGGUCCCUCCCUUCCCACCCGCUCCUCUGACGAGUUCCGCCCUUUCGUUCGCCGCCUGCCUGAGUUCAAGUUUUGGGUUCAAUUGCACAAGGUCCUCUCCCAGGGUUAUGAUGACACUUGUUGGCCACUCCAAACCAAGAAUUUCAAAUUUGCAGGAGAGGUGAAGCUCAUCAUGCACUUCCAAAAUGCAUUACACAAGCCCCCCGCACAUUGUGCUCCGUCCGCCCCACCUUACAUGUCGCCGCCGCCGGUGAUCGCGGCAUAUGCCCCUCCUUAUGCUUCUCCUUACACAGCUGGAGCUUAUCCUGGAGCUGCCUCAUAUGCUUCGUAUCCCCCACCUGCGCCAGCACCGUAUCAGACUAGUGUAUAUCCAACUCCACUACCGCAACAAUUCUACGCACCCCAAUCGUAUCCUCCUCCUUCCUAUCCGCCGCAGCCCUACAUGCAGCAGUACCCCCCGUCGCCGGCACAACCUUACUAUCCACCAGGGCCUUACCCGGGUUCUUAUCCUCCACCUUACUGAUUGGGAGAUUAAUGGUGCUAGUCUUGCAAUUCAUUUCUUCUUCGUGCACCUCCAAAUCAAGUGGUGGCUUCACGGUAGAUGAUUUCACAGUUAUGUUUCUCUCCUUGUUUGGUGAUUCAGCUGCGUACCUGCGGAUAAAGUUAAUACUAAUUUUUGGUGAUUCAUAUGCUUCUAUUAUUAUUUUUUUUUUACUUUUGUCUUUGAAUUUGAAAUUUGGAAUGCAUUAAGUGCCUAUCUUACUCUUCA